UGCGGAACUCUAGUACACUACGCCAAGGAACAUGGCGCCGCCGCCGGAACCCCGGCGCCCGUACAAGCGCCCGGCCAUCUCCGACCAGCAGCGCCGCCGCGAUCUCGCCCUCCAGGCGCAGUCCGCCCGGCGCGCCGACGCCCAGGCGCGCGCCCGAGCCCUCGCCAGCUCGCUCCUCACCACCCCGACCCCUCCUGCGGCCACCCACCGCCACGAAGAGGAGGACGAGCAUGAGGAGGAGGAAGAGCACGGGCACAACAUCGCCGACGUCGCCGCGGCCGCCUCCAAGCUCCGCAGCUCCGACGCGCGCCGGUGGUUCGCCCGCCAGAUCAUGCUCCCGGAGUGGAUGGUCGACGCCCCGCCCCACCUCGCCAGCGACUGGCAUGUUUUUGCCAGGCCUUCUGGUAAACGAUGCUUGGUUGUGUCUUCCAAUGGCAUGACGAUUAGCAGGGUGCGCAAUGGAUCCAUCCUUCACCGGUUCCCUUCCGCUCUACCGAAUGGAUCAAAGAGAGACAUAUCUGGCCCAGCAAGCUCCUACUCCAUACUCGAUUGCAUUUUCCAUGAGCCUGAUCAGACAUACUAUAUCAUUGAUAUGAUUUGUUGGCGAGGCUAUCCACUGUAUGAUUGCACUGCCGAGUUCAGGUUUUUCUGGGUAAACUCUAAGCUCACAGAAACUUCAGCUGGUGAUCCUCCAUCAACAUACCAUCGAUAUAGAUUCCGUGCUGUCCCAAUAUAUGAGUGCACUCUUGAGGGUCUUCAAGCAGCUUACUCUGGGAGCACAUCUUAUGUCAAAGAUGGCUUGCUGUUUUACAACAAGCAUGCACAUUAUCAAGCUGGAAUCACACCCCUUACACUAGUAUGGAAAGAUGAAACAUGUAGCCAAUAUGUUAUUGAUACUGACAGCAAAGGAGAAGUUCCAAAUGAGCAGCACCUUGUGUUGGAAUUGCAAGAGGAUGGAAAGCUAGUUACAUCUGAUGACCCUCCAGUUGUGUUUGGUAGCUUGGACAAGGAAUUCAUACAGAAGUCAAAUCUGCUAGCAGGGAAUCUUCUCCGCUUUGCUGUAAGAGAUGAGAGUGUGAAACUUGUGGAUGGAAAAAUGCAGAUCGGCGAGCUGCAGUUUGUUGGAAAGCCAAACCGUGCUCGUGCCUUUGCUGACAGCCAUUCGAAAGCUUUGUUCCAGUAUGCUGCAAGGCAUGCUCCUCUGAGAAUUGAUGAUCUGGUUGCUUCCAUUCAAUCGAACAAUAUGGAGCUUGAAUCCACAGACGUUGAAAUGCAAGAUUAAGGGCAUACAUGUGCUAAUAUUUGCUGUUCGUCUGGAUUCAGGAAGGGGCAUUUGUUAUCAAUUGGUAUUGUUUAACGGAUGAAUGCCAAUACAAAGCUAGAAUGAAGGGGGGCGCAAAUGAGACCAAGGUUGUAGAGCCAUCAUUCAUGUCAAGAUUUCAGCAAAUGUAGUGAUUGUCUGGAACCCGUGGUUUUCAGGGAGUGGCGCGUUUCCAGGUCUGAUAGAUAUUAGCACCUCAAGACCUGCCAAAAAAAAACAGUGAACCGUGUAGCAUGAGCAUUCUAAAUAUUGACAUCCACAUGGAUGCAAUGUGUAAUAUAAAUCAACUUGUGAGGUAUCGAUCGUCCUACGUUUGCAAUCUAUGAAUGACAAUUCCAAUA